AUGCUUGGGAAACUGCAAUUUUGCAAUGAGGGAUAUCUUUCUGAAGCUGGCGCUUCGUUAGUUGACAGAAAACUUGGUUUGAAUGUUGUUCCACAGACGGGAAUAGUUGAGUUAGCAGCACCUACAUUCUGUUAUGGACGUUUUGAUCGGGCAAAAGCACGAACAAUGGAAAGAAUCUAUUCAAGAUAUCCUGACAUAGCAAGACGUGUCAGAAUGAUGGGAUUACCACCCAAAAGAGGAAGCUUUCAAUUGUUUGUGGUUGGCUAUAAGGAUGCAGCUAUCUGGCUCAAGCAAUGGGAAUCGAAUAAAGAAAAAAUGAGCGAAGAAGAAAAGAAAAGUUUUCAAUUUCAAUUUGAGAAAAUUGUUAUUCUUGAUUACAUUAUUCGAAAUACGGAUCGUGGUAAUGAUAACUGGCUCAUUAAAUGCGAAGAAGCUGAAAACAAUACAAACGAGCAAUUUAUGGAGAAUGCAGAAGAAGAAACCAAUCCCAAUCAGGAAGAGGAAGAGAAACUUAUCGAUUUUUCCGAUUCAGCAACAGAUGAGGCAAAAGCUAAAAACGAGAAUGACAGAAAAGAUGAUGCUUUUGCUUCUAGCUUCAGCAAUUAUGAAAACGUAAAACCAUUCAAUAAGAUUUCCAUAGCUGCCAUUGACAACGGCUUAGCUUUCCCAUUCAAACAUCCAGAUGAAUGGCGAACAUACCCAUUUGGAUGGAGCUCACUGCCACAAUCUCGGAUACCUUUCAGUGAUGAAAUUAUUAACCUCUUGUUCCCACUUCUCAACAACACAGAGUUUGUGAAAGAGUUAGGAGAAGACCUGCGAAAUAUAUUCAAAAUUGAUAGAGGAUUCGAUAAACAUCUAUUUGAACGUCAACUGAGUGUCCUACGUGGGCAAAUAUUCAAUUUGAGAGAGGCGCUACGUCAAAAGAAAUCACCAUAUCAAUUAGUUGCCAUGCCUCCACAGUAUAUGAUUGAAGUGAAAAAGAAGAAGAAAAGUAGAUUCCAUCGUAGCCGGCAGUCCAGUCUUCGAAUGAACCCACCUGAAGUCGGCGUGGAAGCAAAUCCUCUUGAAAAUGACAUAAACAGUGAAACAUCAGCACCACCACCACCAACACCAGCUAUUGCUCAAUGCCAGAACACAUCAUCCUGGCACGAAGCAUAUCAGCAGAAAGUACAUACUCGAAAUCCAUUCUUCCGAUUGUGGUAA